GCAGCGCUGAGCAGAUCGAGCUAUAGGGCUUUGAAGCGCUUCGCUUUGCACAGUCGAGUGAACUGGUGAGGAACGAUACAGUACACUACAGUAGAAAAAUAGUGGGGGAGACGAGAGUAAACAACCACCUUAGACGCACACAACCAUAGCCUAUCGGCUGCCGUAUAAGGGUAUCUUUGAGUCGCCUGCAGCGCAGAAAGAGCACUCGUAUUUUGAGAAGAAUUUGGCUACAUACCGCGCAGGAGGAUCAUAUCAAGCAAAGGAGCAGCCGUGAGAGAAGCACGAGAUACGGAGACAUGGCUGCGACAACCUGUACACGAUUCACGGACGAAUUUCAGCUAUAUGAAGAGCUGGGAAAGGGAGCCUUUUCAGUGGUGCGCAGAUGUGUCAAGCUGUGUACUGGACAGGAAUAUGCCGCCAAAAUAAUCAACACCAAAAAGCUAUCUGCAAGAGAUCACCAGAAGCUAGAGAGAGAGGCCCGUAUUUGUCGCCUGCUCAAGCACUCCAACAUCGUUCGUCUUCAUGACAGUAUAUCAGAGGAAGGCUUCCACUAUCUCCUAUUUGACUUGGUGACUGGAGGGGAGCUGUUCGAGGACAUCGUAGCCAGAGAGUACUACAGUGAGGCUGAUGCCAGUCAUUGCAUCCAGCAGAUCCUGGAGGCGGUGCUACACUGCCAUCAAAUGGGUGUGGUGCACCGAGACCUGAAGCCAGAGAACCUGCUCCUGGCCAGCAAAUGCAAGAAUGCUGCCGUCAAGCUGGCUGACUUUGGCCUGGCCAUCGAGGUACAGGGGGAUCAGCAAGCCUGGUUUGGAUUUGCUGGCACACCGGGAUACCUAUCCCCUGAGGUUCUGAGAAAGGAGGCAUAUGGCAAACCUGUGGACAUCUGGGCCUGCGGGGUGAUUCUGUAUAUCCUGCUGGUGGGCUACCCUCCCUUCUGGGACGAGGACCAGCACAAACUGUACCAACAGAUAAAAGCAGGGGCAUACGAUUUUCCCUCCCCAGAGUGGGACACAGUCACUCCAGAGGCUAAGAACCUGAUUAACCAGAUGUUGACCAUCAACCCUGCCAAGAGGAUCACCGCCCAGGAGGCCCUCAAACACCCAUGGGUCUGCCAACGUUCUACAGUGGCAUCCAUGAUGCACAGGCAGGAGACCGUGGAGUGCCUGAAGAAAUUCAACGCCAGGAGGAAACUCAAGGGGGCCGUGCUCACGGCUAUGCUGGUUUCACGGAACUUCUCUGUCGGCUGUCGCUCCACCGCUCCAAUCAGUAUCACUGCCGCUGCGGCAGCUGCAUCCGCGGCAGCGGGCUCCACCACUGGGCUGGUGGAACAAGCCAAAAGUUUGCUCAACAAGAAGGCAGAUGUCAAGGAACGUAGGUCCAGCUCCGCUGCGCGGCACAUGCCCCAGACACCACAGACAAACAGCACCAAAAACAGCAUAGUCACCAGCCCUAAAGGAAACGUCCCUACUCCUGUUCUGGAGCCUCAGACCACUGUUAUCCAUAAUCCAGUGGAUGGGACUAAGGAAUCAUCUGACAGCAGCAACACGGUGGAGGACGAAGAUGUCAAAGGGAAGAGUAUAGACAGUUCAGUAAAGACCGAGUCCCAGCCUGACACCUUUGCCCCACAACCCCAGGUCUCCUCGCCCGCUGUGUACUCCACCAAGCUGUCUGACCUGUUUGGCGUUGUACGCAAGGCAUCAGGGCCCAUGUCUGACGGGGAAGGGGCCACCAGCACACCUCCACCCCCUCCAGCCAACCCCUCUGUCGCCGCCUCCCCACCCAUGGCUCACACCCCCAUGCAGCUGUCCCGUCUUUCAGACCUAGUGAGCAAUGUUCGCCGGUCGCCUGCCCCAGCCCCUCCCCCCCCCAAACCUGCGCCCCCCGAGGUAGAGGUGGCACCAGCCCCCAGGCCCACCCCCCCCCCAUCACACCCCACCUUCCCUCCCUCCAUGUCCCCCUCCAGCCUCUCCCUCACCUCUCAGACACGCAAACAAGAGAUCAUCAAGAUCACUGAACAGCUGAUCGAGGCUGUCAACAAUGGAGACUUCGAGGCAUACGCUAAGAUCUGUGAUCCUGGCCUGACCUCCUUUGAACCUGAGGCCCUGGGCAACCUGGUGGAGGGAAUGGACUUCCACAGAUUCUACUUUGAGAACCUCCUGUCUAAGAACAGUAAGCCUAUCCACACCACAAUCCUGAAUCCCCACGUCCACCUGAUUGGAGAGGACGCUGCCUGCAUCGCCUACAUCCGCCUCACCCAAUUCGUUGAUGGCCAGGGCCAUCCGCGCUCCAGCCAAUCAGAGGAGACUAGGGUAUGGCACCGCCGGGAGUCCAAGUGGCAGAACGUUCACUUCCACUGCUCGGGUGCGCCUGCCGCGCCACUCCAGUGAGGUGUAGAAUGCCAUAGCCACAUCUAACAAGAGUGCUCUGCUGGAGAGAGAUAGAGGGAGAGCAAGUCCAGUAUCGGGUGGCUCUGAGUCCGCAGCGCCAGACGCCUCCCACACUAGAUACCUAGCAUGCAUCUCUUCUUUACAACUACCUAUCGCCACCCGCCACUGUAUCCACUGACAACCAUCUCAACAACCAACCAACCAUCCGACAACAAUCUAUUGUUUUUUCCAACAACAACCCCCUUCUCCCCCUCAUGCCCAAACUUUGGACAAUUCACGUUUUGCCCCUUUUCUCCAACUCUAACUCCUCCAACCCAACCACUGCCACACCUAUGGCCAAUAUUGGGCUGUGGGUAGGGAGUGUUUCGAGGGGUAUGAUGGAGGGUGUUGGGGUGUUUUCUUGGCCUCAUUGUGCAUUUUGAUUCUUCGUCUUAUGUCACAUGAUGUUCCCUCUUCUUCCUCUUGUGAAUCUUCACUUGUGUUGCGUAACACUACACAGGAAAUACAGUAUGUAAAGUUUUAAGUAAAAUCUAUUAUUAUUAUGAUUAUUACUAUUACACAAUUGAAAUUGUAUAUGUAAUUUGUAUAAUUCAAAUGAUUGAUGCCAGUGGUUUCUAGAGUUGAAGGAAAUCUUUUGUUUUCUCUAUCUUUUUAAGGAAGCAUGUUGUUUUUCAGUAUUCACAGUGGCUGUUUUCUAUUGUGGCUUUUAAGUGACAAAAUGGUAUUGGUAGUUUUUGUAUAAGCUUCUUGUAUUUAAUCUAUUCUAUUAUACUAGACCAAAGCUCAUGUUUAAGAAAAAUAACUUUUGGGAGAAAGGGGGUGUUAUAGACGUGGUGUGGAGGAAGCGAGUGUGUGAAUGUUAGAAAUGUGUGUGUGUUUCUGUGUGUGCGUGUGUGUGGAACCAAGUACAUGGGAGUAUUAGUCCAUAGGUGGCCGGUUUUAUCAACUGGUUUGAAUUUUCAGCUUUGUAAUGUGAAUAGCUGGAAAUGGGGUUGGCUUGGUUUGAUGUCUUCCAUCGUCCGGUCACAAUCAACUGUACGAAAUGAGAUUCAACAGUAACAGAGGCUUUUAUUGUAUUUCACACUAAUCAUGUUUUUGCCUUUUUUGUGUUUAUUAUUAUUAACAUAUCUCAGAGGAUAGACCUACCGGUUCUCUCUUACUCUCUGGUGUUGGCCGUUGGUGUGUGGGAAGGCUCUGUGAUCCCCAGUGCUCCCAGUGGUUCGAUUAGAUAUUGCAGUACACUGCACUGCACCUCCUGCACUGCACACACUGCAAAUGAGGCCUCUAUAGAAUUUUACAGCCGCUAUAGAAAAAGUGAAUAAACAAUACCAGAGCAGUAUUAUGCUAUGGUGUCCAUACAUAUCAGCUUCACUACUUAUUAUUCAACAUCUUAAAACAGUUUUGCAGUCUCUUUAAAACAGUACAGUACCUAUAACACCUCUGACAUCUCAUCUUUCUGGACAGGGAUGCUUUUUGAACCUUUGGUGAGCAGAGAUGAAGCCUUACACACUUAAAUCCUUACUGCGUCACAAGGUGCAACUGUCCUUUCUCUCACACGUCAACCUUGAGCCAGUUGCACUCUGAACCUAUAUAAAAUCUGGAAACUACUGAGGUCCUGCGUUGCAUAGAGCCGUGCCUAGGGCUCUGUGCCUGUUUAAUAUGUUUAGUGGGGUUUAAUGGAGAGCUAACAGAGCAGGCUGUUGGAUUGGAGAGAUGUGGGCCUGUGCAGUCUGCGGGUAGCAGGUGUUUUAGUGGUGAGGUCAAGUAAAUGUGUGGGUGUUUACUUUGUGUACACCUUGUCCCUCUGUCCUGUGGUCUCUAGUUGUUGCUGCUCAUUUCAGAGUGGAAAAAUGUGACUGAGGUCUCAGGGUAUCCAGAAGACUGUGUGUAUAAGGGAAUAGCUCCUGUGUUGGUUUUCCACAUGAUGGAGAUUUUAGAAGAGAGGAGAGGAGAGGAGAGGAGAGGAGAGGAGAGGAGAGGAGAGGAGAGGAGAGGAGAGGAGGAGAGGAGAGGAGAGGAGAGGAGAGGAGAGGAGAGGCUUUAUUUCAGCAGUCCUAUCAGUCCUCUACCUUCAGUCCACAACUUACUUUUAUGAUUUUUAAUGUAUAUUACAUUUUCACAUUUGUAAUAUCAUCUCCAUUGACUUGUGUUACUAUUGCAUGUUAUUGACUAGUGUUACUACACAUUGUGUUUUUUUGCCAGUGUGAGCUGGACAGAUGGAUUUACAUGUUUUAGGAAGAGAUGGCUUCACACCCAUGUAUAUGAAGAAAAAUCAGCUCUGGAGUGUUUGGUAAUGUUGCAGGCCGACUAUAUCACAGUCGUUGCAUUUCAUCAACAAAUGGUUUGCGUGUCACAUCGUGGACUGUGCAGUCGGGUAUCCGGUUACUAUAAUAUAUUAUAGGAUGGGGUUAUCUGAUAUGUUAAAUACCUAUCCAGACGUUGUGAGAUCUGUCAGGUGUCUGCAACAUAUAGUCAGCCAGGAAGUUGAUCGAAGUUUCACAUUUUGGAUCUAAGUGAGUGUUGUUGUUUUUUUGUCAUUCUACCACCAUAGUUGUUAUGCCUGCCCGUGAUUGGCUGCCUUUGGAAGUGUCUCAUUAUUAUUGGCCUGACAAUUUUGACCAUCUCAAUGAAUAGUGAGGUGGUCAGCCGGUUGGUUAGUCCUCAGGUUUAUAUUUAUUUUAUUAUUUAUUUAUUUAUUUUAUUGGUCAGUUAUGUGCUUUUUCUUCAAUGUUGUAUUUAGUUUUUCCCUCGAUAUACAGUUCACGUAAAUGUUAAAAACUCUCUUUCUGUGGCAUUGUGUUUUGGUGCGGCAGGUAGCCUAGUGGUUAGAGGUGGGUUGAAUCCCCAAGCUGACACGGUAAAAAUGUGUCAUUCUGCCCCUGAACAAGGCAGUUUACCCACUGUUCCCCGGUUGGCCGUAAUUGUAAAUAAGAAUUUGUUCUUACCUGACUUGCCGAAAUAAAGGUUGAAUUUUUAAAAAUGUAGAGGUCCUCUUCUAAUGUCCCUAGAAGUGUUCCUGAGUGAUUGAGCCAACCAAACAUGUGAACCGACCUCUUCCCCCUCUCCAAACAAAUAAGAAAUAGCAGCAUGUACAAAGCAGCAUGUAUUAGCUAUUAACUAGCAUCUUAGCUGGCAUUUCUUUGCAUGAUAGUCAACAGGACACUAGUUUUGGUGUUAACCCUGAUUUGUCUUCUAAUUUUUCAUUUUCUACUGAACGCUCGUGUACUAAACCUUUCUCAAUCUAUUUUCUGAGCUUUUUAAGUGCAUAAAACUAUUUUUGUCUCGAGACGACAUAACGAAGAUAGACGAGAGGCUGACUUUGAUAUUGAUGAUUAUGACAAGGAGGAUGAUGAUGAUGAACAUGUAAUGAUGAUUCUAUAGCAUGCUUUUAUAUGGAGCUCAGUGUUGUCAAUCCAGAGUGGCUUACUUCUAUACAUACAGCAGAGAGAGGAUCACCUCAAACCAUAAGCAUUUCCAGUGACUCCUGCUCAACUGAACUUGCUUUUUAACAUAUUAUUGCAUUUGAUGUCGCUGGUACUGUAGACUAAGUGGACAUUUUACUUACAGGGAAUGCAUAAUCUCAAACAGCAACAAUCAAAUAUAGUAGAAAUGGAGUAGGCCUAGAUAGGCUCAAAUAUGCCCUCUGGUGGUUAAAAUGAGCAUUAAAGGCAUGCACUGCGACGUACUGAAUCCUAGCCACAGCAUGCAUACUGCACAAUAUACACACUGGACUAUGUUUCGUUGAGUUAAUUUUGGACGUUUUAAACAAUAGGAAUACAAAGUGCAUCCAUCCAGUGACUAGACCACCUGUACUGAAAACACUGAGCUAGUAUCUCUGUAGUAUUUAUUUAACUCUUCCUAGUCCCUCUGUUUAAAAACUUUAUUCAAUAAUUUCUCUGCAGUUGGGUCUUAGUUUUGUUUUUGUCAGUUUGGGUUUCUUCUGUAGAAUACAUUUAUCCUAUAUUUCUCUGAUUCUUCUGAUUAUUAUGCUACCCAAAUGUGCUACAUGUGUUUCUCAAACUUAAGGAAAUGUGUUAAGGUGUUAUCAAUAAAAUGACAAUUUAAAUAAAAAUAAGUUAAUGAUCAUCUUAAUGAUCAGACAUCC